AUGUUAGCAUUGGCAGCCAUAAAAGUUUGGAAAUUAGCUCAUCUUGACAUCAACAAUGCCUUUUUGUAUGGUGAUCUAGAGGAGGAGAUAUAUAUGACUCUGCCUCCUAGUUUGGUUAUUGAAAAUCCACCGGUUAGAUCUGGUCAGCUGGUUUGUAAACUCAAGAAGUCUUUGUAUGGCCUUAAGCAGGCUUCAAGACAGUGGUACCUAAAGUUCUCUCAGGUUUUGGCUGGUUUUUGUCUGAUUCAAUCUGCUUCUGACCAUUCCUAUUUUUAUAAAUAUUCAGCAGAUGAGAAGUUCUUUGGUGUGGUUAUCUAUGUUGAUGACAUUUUAGUGGCUAGUAUUGAGAAUGAUCUGAUUACUGAGUUCAAGAUUUUUCUGCAAGCUCACUUCAAGCUCAAAGAUCUGGGCACCCGUAAGUAUUUUCUUGCGAUUGAGAUUUCUAGAAAUCAAUUUGGUGUGUUUCUUUCUCAGCACAAAUAUGCCUUGGAUUUGGUCUCGGAUGUUGGUCUACUUGGCUGCAAGCCAUCUUCUACACCCAUGGAUUCUACCAAGUCUCUCCAUCAAGAUGCAAGGGAUCCACUUUCUGAUCCCACUCCUUAUAGAAGAUUGAUAGGCCGCCUUGUGUAUCUUUGUAUCACACGGCCUGACAUCACCUUUGUUGUAAACAAGCUUAGUCAAUUUCUGUCAAAACCGUGCUCGGAGCACAUGCUUGCUGGUGAGAGAGUUCUAAGAUAUUUGAAUGGUACUUUGGGCCACGGUCUUUUCUACUCUGCUAAGGGAGAACCUCAUUUGAGCAUCUUUUCUGAUGCGGAUUGGGGAGCUUGCCCUGAUACAAGAAGAUCAAUCUCUGGUUUUUGCUUGUUUCUUGGCACAUGUCUGAUUUCUUGGCGUUCGAAGAAGCAGCAUACAGUCUCCAGAUCUUCAGCGGAGGCAAAACAUAGGGCGAUGGCCCUUGCUUCUUGUGAAGUGGUGUGGAUUGUUGCCUUACUCAAGGACUUUGGAUUGGGGGUGACCAAGUCAGUUCCUUUAUAUUGUGAUAGCCAGGCGGCAAUUCAUAUUAGUUCCAACCCUGUUUUCCAUGAACGUACUAAGUAUAUAGAGGUUGAUUGUCAUACAGUUCAGGACAAGAUACUUGAGGGUGUGAUCAGAAUAGUCCAUGUUAUCAACACUCUACAGCUUGCUGAUAUCUUCACUAAGCCCUUGGCUGCUUCUCAUUUUUAG